AGCCGUGCGGGCCCUGAUCCUCCGCCACGGGCACCAUGAGGGGUCUCUGGGCCCUGGCGCUCGCCGGGCUCGUCAGCGCCUGCCAGGGGAAGGAGCUGCCUCCAGAAGAAGGGGAGCUGUGCCCGCAGCUCUGGGACGAGGAUCUGGCUGGGGACAAGUACGAGAAUGUCACGGGUUUUAACCUGAUUAAAAGGUUCGAGCUGCUGAAGAUCUCAUCCAUCAAGAAGAUCCGCAGCGCCCGGGGACCGGUGGUGCUGCGCCUGGGCACCGUGCCCCUGGUCCAGCCCACGCGGCAAGUGUUCCCCCGGGGGCUGUCACCCACCUUCACCCUGGUCCUCACCUUGCUGCUGAAGAAGAACAGCACCGGGGAGCACUGGUACCUCUUCCAGGUCACCGACCGGCAGGGAUACCCCCAGCUCUCCCUGUCCGUGCACGGCCCCGAGAAAAGCCUGGAGUUCCAGGCCAGGGCGCCGGGGGCCAGCUCCGUCAGCGCCGUCUUUGCGGGCAAGGCCGUGGCGUCCCUGUUCGAUGGGAGGUGGCACAAGGUGGUGGUGGCCGUGCAGGGCCACGCUGUGUCCGUGCACCUGGACUGCUCCUCCAUCUCCUCCAAGCCGCUGGGACCGCGGCAGCCCGGCCCCCCCGGUGCCCCCGGCCGCCAGGGCAUGCCGGGACACAACGGUUUGCCCGGGCUGCCUGGACCGGCUGGAGACCUGGGACCUCUGGCCGUCAUGACUGAGAGGAACAUGGAGGUGCUGAAGACUCUCUGCGGGGACUGUGCCCAGCUGCAGGCAGCCCUGGAGGCUCCGCGGGAAGGGGAGAAGGGGGAUGGGGCCAUGCCAGGUGUCCCUGGCAGCGAGAACUGUGCCCGGUGCUUUGCCCAGUUCCCGCGAGCGGAGGAGGCUCGGGGUGACAGCCCUGACUGUGCCGGUGAUCCCGGGCUGCCGGGAGCCCCAGGAAUCCCAGGAGAGAGAGGAGAACAGGGCUCACCAGGACUGCGCGGACCGCCGGGACCACCCGGACCCAUCGGCCCCCCAGGCUUUCCUGGAACGCCGGGCGCACCCGGACUGCCCGGUCUCCAAGGGGACCGCGGCCCUGCUGGGCUCGCUGGAGCCAAAGGGGAGCCGGGACCUCCAGGACAACCUGGCUACCCCGGGGCCACGGGGCCCCCUGGCCUUCCUGGCAUCAAAGGUGAGCGAGGCUACGUGGGUCCCCCCGGAGAGAAAGGGGAGCUGGGACCCCCUGGCGCAGAUGGGCUGCCCGGUUCCAUGGGGCCAGCGGGUCCCAGGGGUGAGCGUGGGCUCCCGGGAAGCGCUGGAGAGAAGGGGGACCAGGGUUUCCAGGGCCAGCCUGGCUUCCCGGGACCACCCGGUCCUCCUGGUUUCCCAGGAAAGGUUGGUCCAGCCGGGCCACCAGGGCCUGUGGCCGAGAAGGGCAGUGAGGGCGUGCGAGGCCCCACGGGAAUGCCAGGACCCCCCGGGCCCCCCGGACCCCCGGGAAUCCAGGGCCCUGCUGGCUUGGAAGGACUGGAUGGCAAGGAUGGGAAGCCAGGGCUGAGGGGUGAUCCUGGUCCCCCCGGGCCACCAGGGAUGAUGGGUCCUCCGGGCUUCAAGGGCAAGACAGGACACCCAGGGCUCCCGGGACCGAAGGGUGACUGCGGCAAACCCGGCCCCCCGGGCAGCACGGGCCGGCCGGGAGCGGAGGGCGACCCCGGACCCAUGGGACCCCAAGGUCGGCAGGGACCCCCAGGGCUCAUCGGACCCCCCGGCAACCCGGGACAGCCGGGUCCCGCUGGCCUCGCUGGAGUGGGGCUGAAGGGCGAGCGAGGCUCCGUGGGGGAGCGGGGUCUGCCGGGAAUGCCAGGACAGCCGGGACCCCCGGGACACCCGGGACCACCGGGAGAGCAGGGACCGGACGGACCCGUUGGGAAAGAGGGACCCCCAGGGAAACCGGGCAUUGCGGGCCCAGCCGGCCAGAAGGGUGACGCUGGGUCCCCCGGCGAGAGGGGCUACCCCGGGGAGAAGGGCAGAGCCGGAAUGCCCGGGGGUCCCGGGAAAAGCGGCUCCAUGGGGCCUGUGGGGCCACGGGGACCCGCGGGAGAGAGGGGACCCCCGGGCUCCCCGGGCCCCGCGGGCAGUGCCGGGCUGCCGGGACCCCCAGGGAUGAUGGGAGAUGUCAACUACGACGAGAUCAAGAGGUUCAUCCGGCAAGAGCUGAACAAGAUGUUUGACGAGCGGAUGGCGUAUUACACCUCGCGGCUGCACUUCCCGCCCGCUGCGGGGUCGGGGGGCUCGGGUGUCCCCAGCCCGGUGCCCGGGUGA